CAGGUAGGAAUGUGCAAACAGUCCAGGAGAACCACACACAUCAACUAACUAACAAGAUAAAUACACAAAACAAAAAACCAAACCACCAGACUGACUGAGCAAUACAAAAACAUAGAUAACAUAGAAAAAAAAGAAAAGAGAUACAUCUAUAUAUAAUACAAUGCAAAUUGCAUUCAUGCAAAUGCAGAUUCUACCUACCCACCACCACCACAACCACCACAUAUCCUCAAUCCCUCUCCAUUCACCUCUCCGUCUCUCCACCACCAAACCCCCCCGGAACGUCGCCGUUUCUGCUCAAUUCCCGACCAUCAACAACAACAACGACUGCUCCGUCUCCGACAGCGAUCUCGAAUCCCGAGGAUUCAACCUCCGGAGCUCGGCCUCCGACCUCAACAUCGACCAUCUCAACUCCGUCUUCGUGGCGGUCGGGUUCCCGAGGCGUGACCCGAACAAGAUCCGAAUAGCGCUUGAAAACACCGAUUCUCUGGUUUGGAUCGAGUACCAGAAGACGAAGAAGCCUGUGGCGUUUGCUAGGGCUACGGGGGAUGGGGUGUUUAACGCCAUCAUAUGGGAUGUGGUGGUGGACCCAUCGUUCCAGGGGAUUGGUUUGGGGAAGGCUGUCGUCGAGAGGUUGGUCACCGAGCUGUUACGGAAAGGGAUUACUAACAUUGCGCUGUAUUCGGAGCCCCGGGUUUUGGGGUUUUAUAGGCCCUUGGGUUUUGUUUCGGAUCCGGAUGGGAUUCGAGGUAUGGUGUAUUCCACAAAACCGAGAAAGAGGAAAUAAAAAAAUUUAUGUUUAAUUUUGAAAUUGAUUUAAAUUUUUCAUUAUUGAAAUAUUUGAAUUGUGUAAAAAUGCUUUUUUUUUUGGCAUAAACAAAAAUGCAUGUGUUAAUUGCAUGGUUUCA